AUGCUCAAUACUCUGACAAUUCUGGCACUAGCUGCCUCUGCAUUCGCAGCUCCAACACCAACACCAACACCAUCCAUCAACACAACUGUUGAUCUAGGAUACUCAAAGUUUUUAGGGACAAAUAAUGGUAAUGGCGUCACUCAGUGGCUUGGAUUACGAUAUGCUGCCCCUCCUCUGGGAGAGUUGCGGUUUCGAGCUCCUCAAAGUCCCUUGGUUAAUGAGACUCUACAAACAGCAAACAUGCACGGGGCAGCAUGCCACUCCUCACCAUCAACUUCACUUUCUUCCAGCACAUCUGAGGACUGUCUGUUUUUGGACUUAUUUGCACCCACCGAUGCAAGCAAACUUCACCCUGUCUUCGUAUACUUUCAAGGAGGCGGCUUCAAUAGCCUUGCUAGCCCAAAAAUGAAUGCGACUAGCCUGAUUGCAGCAGGUGAUCACGACAUCGUAGUUGUCAUAUUCAAUUAUCGCGUUGGGCCUUGGGGUUUCUUGACUAGCAAAGAGAUUGUGUCAAACGGAGAUACAAAUGUUGGACUUAAAGAUCAACGAUUCCUACUUGAAUGGGUACAGAAGAACGUUAAGCAGUUCGGAGGCGAUCCUUCCCAUGUCACGAUUGGAGGCGCAAGUGCUGGUGCUGCUUCAGUAGAUUUACAACUUGCCGCAUACGGAGGUCGUGAUGACGGACUCUUCCAUGCCAGUGCAGCCGAGAGUCAAUCCUUUGGUGCUCAACUUACGGUCAGCGAGUCACAGUACCAGUAUGAUGGAUUAGUUGAACGAACUGGUUGUGCCGGGGAAACCGAUACUCUAGCUUGUUUGAGAGCUUUGGAUAUCAGUAUUAUUGCGAAAAACAAUAUCAAUGUUCCAACACCGGGCGGUGCAGGAGUGAGCCCAGUAUUCAUGUGGUCAAACGUUAUUGAUGGGGACUUUACUCCGGAUUACACCUACAAGUUAUUUGCCACGGGGCAAUAUGUUAAGCUCCCUGCGAUAUAUGGUGACGACACAAACGAAGGCACAGUGUUUACCCCGCAGUCCAUAAACUCCAGCACCGAUAUGUCUAACUUUCUGAAAGACAAUUUUGUCAAACUCACUGAUGAUCAAAUAAACAACAUCCAUCAGUACUACCCCGAAGGGCCUCAGUAUCCAAACGCUGGCAAUUACUGGAGUGCAUCAGCCCUUGCUUAUGGCGAGAUGCGUUACAAUUGUCCUGGAAUUUACUUAUCCGGCUCUCACGAUUUUUUCGCCCCUUCCAUUGGAAACUGGAAUUACCAUUGGGACGUUCUAUCAUCCACGAAAGCCGCUAGUGGAUAUGGCGUUACGCAUACUUCUGAAAGCGGUUCUAUUUGGGGAAACAGUGGGGCACCGGAUUCUGCGCUUAUACCAUCCAUACAAGCAUAUUGGACCAGCUUUAUAAGGAGUAAAAAUCCUAAUACAUACAAAUUUAAGAGUGCACCCAGGUGGGAACAGUUGAGAGUUAGUAAUUAUCAGAGGAUACUUUUCCAAGCGGAGAAUGUUACAGGGACGGCAACUUCAAAUGUGACGAUGGAAACCAUACCAGAUGAACAGCUGGCGAGAUGUUGGUAUCUGUCUAGUAUUGGGGUGAGUAUCGGACAGUAA